AUAUAAAACAUAUCUAUUUAAAAUUCCACGCAACAAGUUACAAUUACAAUAUGAAUUAUUUAGAUGACAAUAGCAGAGACACAGACACAUAUAUAUAAUAUUUUGAAAAGAUUUCUUACUUACUCGACUUUUAUGAACAGAAGUAUUAUUUCUGUUUCUUAUACGAGAAAUCUGACUUCAGUUAUUCAAUUGUUCGACAAAAUUCACCAUCUAUAACGAUUCGAGUACAAGUGAGAAAUGAUUCUUCGUGCAAAAUGGUAAAAACAUUUCUCUCUAUUUCUAAUAAUAUAAAAAUUUCUCCUCUUUACACUAUUAAACUAUUUCUAUAUAUUAUCAUACUUGCUUUCUUUGCGGAACAUUACACAAUCCGCCAUUAAUGCUUUUGUGACAAUUAUGGUAAUCUAAAAAAAAGAGCAACAUGCAUCGAUCGAUGCCUAUUACCGGUCCUCUUUUCUUUGCUGGGUUGAUAGCUAAACUUUUCUAUAUUUGAUAUUUCUAUUACCGUCGCAAUUUCAUAUCAUAGUCAAGGGAAAGCGGAAAAUUUGGAGAGAUCGCAAAGAGCGAGUCUUUAAUAAAAUAUUGUAGGGAAAUAGAAUUACGGGCUCUCUUUACUUUUUCUGGCACAGUCGUGCUACAACUUUCAUGAAGAGAUGGAGUAUUUCUUUGAGCAUUACUAUAGACCCACUCGAAUUAUGUUAACCGCACUCGGUCUAUGGCCAUACAACGAUUCCAUCUUCACAUGUAUACAAAAAAUAUUUUUUGCUUUACUGUUAGGAUUCUCCAUAUGUCUGCAGAUAGGAAAGAUUAUAACAAGCGUAAAUGAUUUGGAUUCUCUUUUUGGAAUACUAUGGUUUGCCGUACCUUGCUUAGUGUUCUCUUUAAAAUAUGCCACGUUUUGCAUACAAUCUAAAGAAAUAAGGAAGCUAAUAGAGGUAAUUAAACACGAUUUAAAUACAAUAAAACGCAAAGAAGAAAUAGAAAUUUUAAAGGAAUAUGCUAAUAUUGGAUAUAUACUCACCAUGUCUAUCUUAAUACUAUUUUAUAUUGCCAUAUUUGGAUUUAUAAUGAUGGAAGUUUUGCCGAAAAUUCUUGAUAUCGUAGUGCCCUUAAAUGAAUCACGGCCAGUCCACCUUUUGGGUGUAGCAACAUUGUUCUUUGAUGAAGAAAAGUAUUUUUUUCCGAUACUUGGGCAUAUGACAGUGGCACUUUUGUCGGAAACUACUACGAUAAUAGCUACAGAAACAGUCGGCCUGAUACUAAUACAACAUCUUUGUGGACUGUUUAAAAUUGCCAGUUUUCGCAUACAACAUAUAUUUGACUGCGACUUGCAUAUUUCUGUUUCGCGGAAAAAUAGAAUUUAUAACGCAAAUAUAGCCGAGGCAGUAAUCAUUCACAAUAAAGCUAUCGAGUUUUCUGAUGUUUUUAUCUCUUCCUUGGAGGCAUCUUACUUUAUUUUAUAUUGGCUGGGCGUAUGUUCUCUAAGUAUCAACAUGUUUCGUGUAGGAAAGAUUAUAACAAGCGUAAAUGAUUUGGAUUCUCUUUUUGGAAUACUAUGGUUUGCCGUACCUUGCUUAGUGUUCUCUUUAAAAUAUGCCACGUUUUGCAUACAAUCUAAAGAAAUAAGGAAGCUAAUGGAGUUAAUGAAACAUGAUUUAAAUACAAUAAAACGUAAAGAAGAAGUCGAAAUUUUAAAAGAAUAUGCUAAUAUUGGACAUAUAAUCACGGUGUCUAUGAUAACAAUAUAUUAUAUUGCCGCAUUUGGAUUUUUAAUGAUGGAAGUUUUGCCGAAAAUUCUUGAUAUCGUAGUGCCCUUAAAUGAAUCACGGCCAGUCCAUCUUUUGGGUGUAGCAACAUUGUUCUUUGAUCAAGAAAAGUAUUUUUUUCCGAUACUUGGGCAUAUGACAGUGGCACUUUUGUCGGAAGUGACUACAAUACUGGCUACAGAAACAGCCGGCCUGCUACUAAUACAGCAUCUUUGUGCACUGUUUAAAGUUGCCAGCUUUCGCAUGCAACGUAUAUUCGACUGCGACUUUCAUAUUACUAUUUCGCAAAAAAAUAGAAUUUAUCACGCAAAUAUCGUCGAUGCAACAAUCAUGUACAAUAAAGCUGUCGAGUUUUUUAGCUUUUUUAACUCUUCCUUGGAGGCAUCUUACUUUAUUUUAUAUUGGCUGGGCGUGUGUUCUCUAAGCAUCAACAUGUUUCGUCUUUUUCAGGCAGGACUUAAGAAGGAAACGCAGCAGUCUUAUACAAGUGGAAUAUUCGUGAUUUGUCAUUUUAUUUACAUAUUCAUAUGUCAUUGGAUACUGCAGAUCAUGACAAAUCACAGUAACGAUCUAUAUUGUAAAGCGUGUAACUUGUCUUGGUAUUCCGUUCCGUUGGAGUUCCAAAAAAUGCUGCAAUUAGUAAUUCAAAGAACCGCGAAACCCUGCAAGUUUGCACUCUAUAUGCUCGAUGUAUCACUCGAACGCUUUGCUUCGCUGCUGAACCUCUCUCUGUCUUAUUGCACAAUUUUUUGGUCUUUACAGUAUUAAUAUUGGAUAUUGUGAAUGCUAUCGCAAACGGAAGUUCCUUUCAUAACGACAAUUAUAUGAAAUUAAAGUAGUCAAAUAAAAGUAAAAUCGAAUUAUAAAGACAUAUAUAUAUAUAAGAUUUAAAGUUCAUCUGCUAAUUUGUGGAUGAAAUACCAUUUUAAGAUUCACUACAUUAUGAUUACAUAUGCAAAUACACAUGUAUAUCAAUUCAAAUAUAUUCUUUCUCAUGUGC